GUUCGUUUAACUUUAUUUGUUCAGAAGAAGAAGCAGAUCAAGAAGAAGAAGAAGGAGGAGGAGGAGGAUAGGAGGCUACUGAAACAUGAACCAGCUCGUUCCGACAGUCAAGCCCACUGCUCAUCCAUGCUCAUUUUCCGAAAUAGCUGAAUUGACGUGGGAGAACGGCAGCCUGAUCAUGCAUGAGCUGAGCAGCCUCAACCGGAACGCAACAGCCAAGCCAGAAUCGAGGCUCAGUUGGGCCGGGAACAAUGGAACUCUUGAAUCUGUGGUGAACCAAGCGGCUUGCUGUCAGUCUCCGAGUUGCAACAAGACUGAACUCCCGGAAUUUGUUGCCUGCCAUAAUCCCCCAAACAUGUCAUUUGCCGGAUCCAGCAGCGGAAUGGAUGCGGCCGACGAGCUGAUGGCGGAGGAAAAAUGGACGUGGCUAGGAGCAGACGUCACCGACUACAGCGAGUCCGGGGUGCCAAAGAAGGCCAGCGGGACCAUGGCAGGUGAAACGCCGGAUCCGCCGGAGACGAUGAUGGAGAACGGCGAUUUCUCCUCCAAACCUGUAAAAGAGGAGAACGAUGUCAGCAGCCAGGGAGGAAAGAAGAGAAGGCUGGAAGGGGGAACAUGCAACAAAGAUCAGAUGACCUCGAUGUCCACCAAACGUAGCCGCUCGGCUGAUGUUCAUAAUGAACUAGAAAGGAGACGACGAGAUCGGAUCAAUCAAAAGAUGAAAGCUCUACAAAAACUUGUGCCAAACUCCAACAAGACGGACAAAGCAUCGAUGCUGGACGAAGUGAUCGAGUACUUGAAGCAGCUGCAGGCACAGGUGCAGAUGAUGAGUGUGCGGGCCAUGACGCCCCAGCUGAUGAUGCCUGCCAUGGCCAUGGCUCAGCAGAUGCCGAUGGGGCCGCUCAUGGGGCACAUGGGUAUGGGAGGCUUCGGCAUACCGGCCAUGCCCAUGGGCUCCGUGGGCAUGGCGCCGGUGCCGCCGUCUCCUCUUCUCCACGCGGCUCCACCGGGAUUCGUCCCUCCCCUGCUGCCCUCCCAACUCCCUGCACGGGCGAGCCAGGACUCAUCGUCUUCCAUUUCGAGCCCUCUUCCCGGUGACCUUUACGGCACCCUCUUGGCUCAGUCCUUGAAUCAUAUGGAUUACUACAACAGGGUAGCAAAAUUUUACCAGCAAUGGCAGCAGCACCAGCAGCAGCAGCCGCCGUCAACAGACACCAGUACUCCAACACACACCUCAUUCUACAGGGAUAUGAAUCCAUUGAUGUGACACAGAUCCUAGCGUAAUUAAGGAGACAUGGACUUCUGUGGGUUCCAAGGACUCACUGGUGCAUUUCUUCUUCUUUUUUUCUCUCUCUUUUUUUUUGCCUUGGACCAGCAAGAGAAGAAACUAAGGAGCAUCACGUAUUACCUUUCACGGAUGAAGACAGGAUAAUUAUCCUUAUUAAAGAAAUUUAGGUGAUUAAAGAUAUGGCUUGUCUUUAAGUUGCCAGAUGAUCUAUCAGUGGCUUUAGCGAAGAGGACGUGGACCUGCCGGUUGCCACAUGAAGGUUACAUUUUUCCGGCAUGCCGUCGACUAAUCUUGUUUGGGACUCCUAGUGACCUUAGGAGGGAAGAAGCAGACAAUUUGAAUGUAAAUUCUAAGUAUCUGGCUCGCUUGGGUCCUAUGUAUGUUGCUGUCUGCAUGUCGGGGGUUUCUGUGCCUAGUCACAAGAACGUGGGUUCUCCCUGUUUUUUUAUCAAAGGCACUUGUUUUCCUCCUGCAAAGUGUAGUAAGUAAUUUUUUCUCAUUGUAAUAAAAUUCUAUGUAAAUUUAAGAACAUGGCAUAUAUAUUGAUAUCUCCUGUCA